GACAGAACGAGGAGUAAUGGUCUCAAGCUGCAGUGGGGGAGGUUUAGAUUGGAUAUUAGGAAAAACUUUUUCACUAAGAGGGUGGUGAAACACUGGAAUGCGUUACCUAGGGAGGUGGUAGAAUCUCCUUCCUUAGAGGUUUUUAAGGUCAGGCUUGACAAAGCCCUGGCUGGGAUGAUUUAAUUGGGAAUUGGUCCUGCUUCGAGCAGGGGGUUGGACUAGAUGACCUUCUGGGGUCCCUUCCAACCCUGAUAUUCUAUGAUUCUAUGAUCCCUGUGUAACCAGCUGCCCUGCUCCAGAGGUGGCCGCAUCUCAGUGCCGGGCGAGGGGUCCCUGGCUAACCAGCUGCCCCCAGUUUUCUCCCACACCCACCGGGGCCAGACUGAUGGGGUUCAUAGCCUAGCAACACAUGGGGUGGGGGGAAGGGUGGGGCUGCCAUUAGACGCCUCCUCUCAGCUGCGGACUUCGCUUCACAAUUCAUUGAUAAGAAAGCCCAACCUUUGAGACCCGGGUUGCCGUCUGGUGCCAGGCACCCUGCUGCUGUUUGCCGGGUCCCCGGAGCCGGGAGAGGGUCGAGGGGGCCUCUGUGCAGCCUCACCCACCCCGAGGUUAACAGCCUCAGGGUCAUUCUGCAGGGCACUCGCUGGGAUGCAGCCACCUCUGGCGUAGGGCAUGGCUGCUGAUUCAUGGCCCAACCCCCCUGCUGCGCUGCCCGGGGACCGUUCAUCGUGGAGUCACCUCUGGGGUGGAGCAGAUUGAUCAGCCACACAGCAAUGUUACACAGAGAUUGCUCACCCAGCACCGAGGGGCUACCCCCUCUGGGGAGGAGUGAGGCAGCUGAUUAUGCCAGACUCACCUCUGGCACUCUGCACUGAAUCUCCAUGGAGCGCCCCGUCCUCUCGGAGCCCCCCGAUGGGGGCUGGGGCUGGCUAGUGGCCCUGGCAGUCUUCCUGGAGUCGGGGCUGAUUUUCGGGGUGAUCCGCUCCUUCGGGGUCUUCUUCGUGGAGUUUGUGGGGCACUUCGGGGAGCCGGCGGGGCGCGUGUCCUGGGUCACGUCCAUUACAAUAGCCAUCCUGCUGUUUGCUAGUCCAGUGGGCACUGCCCUCAGCACCCAGUAUGGCACGCGCCCUGUGGUGAUGGCCGGGGGCAUCCUCUUGGGGCUGGGCAUGUUCCUGGCGUCCUUCGCCACCAGCCUGACGCACCUGUACCUGAGCAUCGGGCUGCUCUCAGGCUUCGGUGGCGCGCUAGUCUUUGCCCCUUCAGUGGCCAUGCUUGCCCGUUACUUCAAACGACGCCGGGCGCUGGCCAUCGCUGUGGCCUUCUCUGCACCUGGGUUGUCCUCGCUGGCCUUCUCCCCCCUCUUCCAGUUCCUGGUGGACUCCUAUGGCUGGCGUGGAGGGCUCAUGAUUGUGGCAGGCCUGACCUUCCACCUGGUGGCAUGUGGCACCCUCCUCCGCCCGCUGGCCCUGGCAGAGGACUUGGCUCUGGCACCAGCCCCACAGAGGUCGUGGCUGGCGAAGCUGUCCUCCCUGUUUGGCUUGGCUUUGCUUGCCAGUCGGCCUUUCCUGACCUUUGCUGUAGCUGGCCUGUUGAUGAAUUUGGGCUACCUUGUCCCCUUUGUCCACCUAGUGCCCCACGCCCGCGAGAUAGGCUUUGACGAAUACCAGGCUGCCUGCCUCGUGUCCGUGAUGGGUGCCACCGAUCUGUGUGGCCGCCUGGUGGCUGGCUGGCUGGAUGCCCGCAGGGCCUUCCGCCUCCUUCACAUCCUGACUCUCUGGAUCCUCCUGACGGGCGUCACGCUGCUCCUGGUUCCCUUUGGGCACACCUAUCCCAUCCUGAUGGGCAUUGACAUCUGCUAUGGGUUCUUAGCUGGUGCCGUUAUCCCACUGAAAUUCUCCAGCCUGGUGGAAAUCGUGAGGACUGGUCGGAUCUCAGAAGCUACUGGGCUCAUAAACCUACUGGAGAGUUUUGGGGCUCUGGCUGGCCCCCCGUUAUCUGGUUUCCUAAGGGAUGUGACUGGGAGCUACACAGUCUCUUUCAUAGCAUCUGGGACUUUCCUCAUGGCGGGGGGCCUGGUCCUCUUUACAGUGCCAAACUUUUGCUCCUGUUCCACUGCUUCUCCUCCCAAACAGUCAGGUGACCCAGAGGAUGCUGGGAAUUUAACCCACCAGAAUGGAGACCACCCCUGCACAAGGGAGCCCUGGGCGCUGAGCUCUGGGAAUGGCUCAGGACAACCGUCCCCACUUAAAUCAGGACAAUAA